UUUAUCAUUUGUACAUUUCGCCACGAGUAUCUAAUUUUCUUGUCUAGCUAAAAACCACAACAUGGCUUCUGUUCGCACCGAAACUAUUGCUUCUAGUGAUGUAAAAUCCACUGGUUCCGCAAAACUGAACAAAGAUCCCACUAUAGCGCAGAUUUUUGAGAGUUUAGAUUAUGGUCCAGCACCUGAAGGAGCUAGCAGCGUGGACUCAUGGCUUGAAGAACAUGGAAAGGACUUCGGACAUUUCGUAAACGGGAAAUGGGUGAAGCCCGAAGGGAGGAAAGUUUACGAGACAAGAAAUCCGUCCACAGGAGAAAAACUAGCCUCCACUAUGCAGGGUGAGCAAGAGGACAUAGACCAAGCAGUAGGUGCAGCAAGAGAGGCUUUCAAAUCAUGGAGUAAGCUUCCCGGUCAUGUACGAGCUCGUUAUUUGUACAGUAUAGCACGUCAUGUUCAAAAGCAUGCCCGCUUGCUGGCUGUGCUUGAAAGUAUGGACAAUGGUAAGCCAAUCAGAGAGACAAGAGAUGCUGAUGUACAGAUUGUUGCAAGACACCUUUAUCAUCAUGCUGGUUGGGCUCAAUUGAUGGAUACAGAAAUGAGAGAUUGGAAACCUGUUGGUGUGGUUGCUGCCAUAGUACCAUGGAAUUUCCCUCUAAUGCUACUUUGUUGGAAAGUUUGCCCAGCUCUUGCCAUGGGUAACACAGUAGUGCUCAAACCAGCAACUUACACCAGGCUAUCAGCUCUUCUGUUUGCUGAGAUUUGUGCUGAGGCAGGGCUUCCUCCUGGUGUGUUUAAUGUUGUUACUGGAAAUGGUGCAUUUGGAAGUUCACUUGCAGCACACCCUGAUGUUGACAAGGUGGCUUUUACAGGUUCUACUGAGGUUGGAAAAGUUCUCCGUAGACUAACAGCAGGAUCUGGUAAGAAACUGUCAUUAGAGCUUGGUGGUAAAUCCCCUGUGGUUGUUUUUGACUCAGCUGAUUUGGACAGCACAGUUGAGGGUAUUGUAGAUGCCAUUUGGUUUAACCAAGGCCAGGUUUGCAGUGCUGGUUCCCGCUUGAUUGUCCAAGAGACCUGUGCCAAGCAGCUGGUAGACAAGAUCAAAGAACGUAUGACACAUCUUCGACUUGGACACUGCCUUGAUAAAGGGAUUGACAUGGGAGCAAUAGUUGACCCUUCACAGAAAAAGGCCAUUGAAGCUUUUGUAGAAGAAGCAAGGAAGGAGGGGGCUGAAGUGUAUCAAAGCUGUGCAAGUAUGCCGUCUAAUGGGUCGUACUAUCCGCCGACCCUCAUUACUAAUGUACAACCAGUGUCCAAGAUUGUGAUGGAAGAGGUAUUUGGCCCUGUGUUGACAGUCCUCACAUUCAGAACUGCAAAGGAAGGAAUAGCUUUGGCUAAUAACACCAACUAUGGGCUUGGAGGAAGUGUUUGGACAGAAAAUUUGUCACUAGCCUUGGAGGUUGCUAUGAGCAUCAAGGCUGGCUCUGUAUGGGUCAAUGGACAUAACCUUUUUGAUGCUGCAGCUGGGUUUGGUGGAUACCGUGAGAGUGGAUUUGGUCGUGAUGGUGGAAAAGAGGGUUUGUAUGAGUAUGUUUACCCAUCAUGGCAAGCCAGACCCAGGCCCAAUGUAGAUGAUUAUGAUGUCAAAACCUUUGGCUCCUCAGUUCCUGCUAAAGUAUUGAAUCCAAAUUCAAAUCCUAUAAAACUCCCAGAUGCAUCAUCUGGAAAAGCAAGGAUUGCUCUACCACCAAGCAUUGAUCACACGUACAAAGUAUACAUUGGAGGAGCGCAAAAAAGGCCUGAUGGAAACUACUCCCGACCAGUGUUGGACCCUAAAGGACAGGUUAUAGGACAGGUUGGCGAAGGGAACAGAAAAGACAUCAGAGAUGCUGUGGAAGCUGCCCAUAAGGCAGCUCCAGG